AGGCGAGCGCGAAAAUACACUAACGACUUAUCAACGUAGCAAACGUUGAUGCCUAUUUUACCACAUAGGAAUGUCCAAUUUGCGUCUUUUCACUCCUUCACAAUUUUUUUUUUUUUUUUUUGUACCAUGCUGUAGCAACUCGCUGACGCUUAAACUCGCAUUAAUCAGACGCAAGUGACAAAGAUUUUGCCCCAAAAUGGAACGUGCGUGACUGUUAUGUUGUCCGUCCGCCUCUUCCAUGCAAUCGCAUUAGGAUAGCUUGUUCGGGGGGGCACAUUUCGUUUUCCCCUUUUUGAUUCAGCGCGAGGGGGGGUGUCGGCCUCGUCACUUCGCUUUUAGCAGUCUUGCCAGAGAACGCCUACGUACGUAUAUGCAUAUGCCUGCGCACAUGUGUAGAUAUACGCCCUACGAACCGUUGUAGAGAUAUGCCCUACGCACAGCUGUAGUUGAGCAACCCCCCAUGCGCCCAAGCAAAAUUCAAUUUAAAGACAAUCAGGAUGAAGCGCGAAAAUAAAAACUCUUCAAACAGUUCAGUGAGCAUUUUGAAAAAGAGCAACACAAGUAAGGCGGCGGGGCUAAAGGCCCCUGCGAAAAUUAGGGACACCUAUAAGGAAAAGUGGAGUGCAAAGAGCGCAAAGGACAAUGGCAUCACCUCCAGAAAGAGCAGCGUCAAUCUUAUGAAGGUUGCAGCAAAUGGGAAGAUGAACGAAGAAGAAAGUGGCGUUGCAUUAAAAAAGAAAAUCGACGAUGACAAGAAAAAAAUGGAAAAAAAUUGUGCCAAUGGGAAGUAUAACCCGGGGAAAGAAAAAAGCUACAGUAAGGCAUAUGAUGAGAAAAAAAAUGCUGAGGAUGAGGAAGGGGGGGGCAGUGCUGAGCUUAGUGGAGAGGAGGAAAAGGGAAAAGCGACACAGAACGACGGAGAAGAAAAAGACUGUCGGGAUGUCAGCGUGACGAGGCGCUUAUCGAAAGUUAGUCAAGCAGCGGCGAAUGAGGGAGUACCCCCAGAAAUGGGCAACGUGGCGGUUGGAAAUGAAGAUGCAGAGGAAGGUGAGGACGAAGCUGCAGAGGAAAAUGAAGACGCAGGGGAAGGUGCGCGCCCGAAGAGCCAUCACUUUGAGGACGAAUUGACGGAGCGAUACCGACGGGAUGGCAGCAGGGGGGAGCACGAGGAUGCACUUAAAAAUGGGGAAACAGGCGAAGGUGGGAGCGACGACUCGAAUUGGGAAAACACAUACGAUGCGGUUGCGGUUGCUUCGGCUGAUUCGGCUGCUUCGUCCGCUUCGUCCGCUUCGGCUGAUCCGACUGAUUCGACUGAUUCGACUGAUUCGCCCGCUUCUCCCACUUCGACAGCUUCUCUAGAGGAGAGCAAGGCAGACAAAGGGACGCGGCAAGACGAGGAUGAGGCGCACGAGAAAAAAAGCAUCUACCAAAACAUUUUAAAAAAAUUAAACAUGGAGAAAAACGAGGAGCUAGAGAGUAGCCACAUCAUAAUCCUCGGCAAUAAGGACGUGGGGAAGUCCUCCUUAGUGAAAUCGCUGCAAGAAAUUUCUCUGCAGGGGGAUAAAAACGAUGGAGAAGUGCUGUACCAAAAUGGGGGUGGAGUUCUUCCACUAGAUUACGCAUGUUUAGGGGUAAAAAAUUUGGAAGAAAAUAAAAAAGCAAAUGAAGUGAAAGGAAGUAGCCACGUGUGGAUCCUGCAGCACUCUUCAUAUGUGGGUUCGUUAAUUAAAAAUUUAAAAAAAUUUAAAGACAUCAAAAAGGUAAUCAUUUUGAUAUGCACAGAUUUGUACAAACCAUAUAACAUCAUGUCUGAAAUAAACCAAUGGAUCGAUGUGCUGUAUGUGAUUUUUGAGCACCUCCAUUCUGACUACAGUAUGGAGGAGCUGCGUGAGCUGAAGGAGAGCUUGCAGAGUUAUGUGCACAACUAUAAAAGAGACGCAUUGGAGAGGAAAAAGCGGGAGAAAAAAUGCCAAGUUGGGGUGAACCCACGAAAUGGCAUCACCGUGGGGGAUUCGCAACCCCUUAUGGGAGAGUCAUCCCGUGAGGGCCAAGUCAAACUAUCGUCCAGCAGCUCCAUCAGGGAGGAAAACACAUCCAACGUAGAACGAGACGGACUCAUCAAAAUCAACAUGUCAUUCCCAAUACUCUUUGUCAUCUGCAAAUCGGACGGGUACGAAAUUUUAAACAAUAGAACAUACCAAGGAUAUAUGGAUGUGAUUAUUGCCUACCUGAGAAACUUGGCGGUGAAUUACCAGGCAGCUACCAUUUUCUGCAACACGGCAAAUAAGAAGGAAGCGAAAAAUGUGAAGCUCCUGUACAGGUACAUAAUGCAUCGCCUGCACAACUUCCCCUUCAGCGAUAACGCCAUUUUGGACGACUACGAAAGGGUGUUUGUCCCAUCGGGUUAUGAUGAUGAGGGGUUAAUAAAGCAGUCCAUAGAGAAUACCUUCGUGCAGAAUUUUAAUAAGCCCUAUGACUCCAUUAUCGUGAAGCCCAUAACAAAUAAGAGCAUCGUGGAGCACAGCCAUAAUGUUGUGGCUGACAAUUAUUUCAACGACUUUUUGGCGGGCCUGGCCCCACAGGUGGAGUCCAACGGGGCGAGCGGGGCUGACGAGGACGCCGAUGAGGAUAAUGGCGAUGCCACUCGUGAUGGCGCUCGUGAUGGCACUCGUCAUGACGUUCUGGAUGGCGCUCGCCAUGCCACUCGCCAUGCCGCUCGAAAUGACAACCCCAAUUGCUCCGACGCCGGGCGGGGCAAAAUAAAAAUCGACGUCACCCUGAACGGAGGGACCGCCGCCAUAAACAACGGAAGCAACAGCCAGAAUGGCGCAAGUAAGGAACAAAAUGAUAAAUCUUUGCACAGCUUUUUCCAAAGCCUUUUGGCGAAGGGUAGAUCCAAGUCGCCCAGCGCGCCCAGCAUAUCGCCGCAGGCGCUGGACAAGAGGAAAAACGCGAACCCGCAGUGA